AUGCAGCUGCAAGCCCCGAGCGGCCUAAUGGGCUUGCCAAACGAGUUGAAGUCGUCAAUAACCUCAUUUCUUUCUGACUCGGAUCUGGCCAUCCUGUGUCAUCUCAUGUUCGGAAGCUACAUCCAUCUGAUUCUUGAUUCAUCCCGCAACCAGGCCACAAUAGCAGUCCUAAAUUCUCUCACACCGAAAAGGCUCGUUGAAUUCCGUCUCUCAGGGUUCCUCGAUGUCAACUGCUUUGGAGAACUCGUUAUUAAGCAGAACUGCCUCGAGCAUUUAUCAUUCCGGCACUGUUGGCACUACUUUUCUCCUACUUUUGCCGAGACCCCGACUUUUCCCUCGCUCAAAACGCUAUCCCUAUACAACGUUCAUCUCACAGACGCUGUCCCUCCCGAAGGAGAAAACAGCAUAGGAUUGAUUGUUCAAAACGCUCCGAAAUUAGCUUGUCUGCAAUACACUUGCCCACGUGCACAAAGGCGACAAAAUCUUCUAGAGGGUGUCUUACGAUACAGAAAUAAAGGCUCCAUUCACUCUCAGUUGAGACUCCAGUCACUCAUGCUGCACGGCCAGGAUCUGUCUCUCGAAACACUACUAGUAGCUAUCAUUUCAGGAGUUGAUUUUAGCUGGAUCAGGACGCUCUAUCUACGACGCUGUCCAUUUGCUUCCAAAUUCUUAGCAACUGUAUCACGAGAAAACAAUCUGCUUCUCAAAACGUUCGUCUUUGUACAGCACGUGGACGAUACCUUGCCCCAUUCGACACUUCCAGCCUUCCUGAGAUCAUUUUCCGGCUUGGAACAUAUGUGCAUUGAUCUAAAUGAAAAUCAGCCGCUACCUGCAAUCGAGGAUUUCGAGAACCAUGCUGGCACUCUCGUCACGCUCAUAGUGGGCCAUAAUCGUAACUUUGUCAGCCCGGCAUAUUCUCUCCCAGAGAUCGCGCACUUGUGUGAGUCGCUACGCCAGCUGCAGCGACUGGCCGUCCACUGCCCAGUUCUGGAAUACCCAACGAACCUAAAUGGCGAUCUCAUCCCACAAGCUGGCAUGACGGAGUUUCUCAAAUCAGUGGCCACUCUUCCUUCUUUGAAGACUCUGAGGAUUACAAACCUGCUCAACAUAGGUCCAAAGGUUCGCUCCUUUGUCGAUGUUCCCGAUUUUGGAUUGUGCCUUGAUCAGUACGUCAACACCCUAGAGUCUCUAGCAACGCAAUGCUUCCGAUAUCUGGUUCAGAUUCAGAAGACUUCUAAAGUGGACUAA